UCACUUCCUGUGACGCAGUGCGUCACUUCCUCCCCAGCUCGCCGUUUGGUGGGUGGGUUUCCACGCGCGUUCAACAUGCGUAUCGAGAAGUGUUAUUUCUGUUCCGGGCCCAUCUACCCCGGCCACGGCAUGAUGUUCGUCCGCAAUGAUUGCAAGGUAUUCAGAUUUUGUAAAUCCAAAUGUCAUAAGAACUUUAAAAAGAAGCGCAAUCCUCGCAAGGUCAGGUGGACUAAAGCAUUCCGGAAAGCAGCUGGUAAAGAACUUACAGUGGAUAAUUCAUUUGAAUUUGAAAAACGUAGAAAUGAACCUGUCAAAUACCAGCGAGAACUAUGGAAUAAAACUAUUGAUGCAAUGAAGAGAGUUGAAGAGAUCAAACAGAAACGCCAAGCUAAAUUUAUAAUGAACAGACUGAAGAAAAAUAAAGAGCUACAGAAAGUUCAGGAUAUAAAAGAAGUCAAGCAAAACAUCCAUCUUAUCCGAGCCCCUCUUGCAGGCAAAGGAAAGCAGCUGGAAGAAAAAAUGGUACAACAGUUACAAGAGGAUGUGGACAUGGAGGAUGUUUCUUAAAAAUCUCGAUCUAUGUAACCAUUUCUAUAUGUACAUUUGAAAAUCUCCUUUGGAGACUUAGAACUUAAUUCUAAAUUAUUGAUUUUUAUAUAUGGUCACUGAAGUGGAAGGUGAUUACAAAUACUUUUCUCCAAUGUUGCUAUCUGCAAAGCAUCAGAUUAUGAAUGUUAGAUUGCACCUCAUUGUAGCGUCUUCAUUGAUAGACGUGCUUAUGUAUGUAAAUCAUGAAAAUUCUGUUUAUAAAUGCACAAGUGGAUUAUGGACAGAAUGGUCAUGCUUUUUGGAUAAUGGCACUAGGCAGCAUUUAUGUAAUAACUAAUUACAAAAAUUCAUGGCCAGUGAUAUAUAAAAUAAAAUUUUCAUUGCCCUAAAAUGUUCCCUUUAUUAUGUUAUAGAAGGGGGGAUACAACAAGGAGCUAAGAAUUUGUAUGACAAUCUCAAAAUCAUUUAUUUUUAUUGCAGUAUUUUUUGUUUUGAUUUAUUAGCUUAAAGGAGCAUAAUGACCUAAUAUGAUGAAGCCUAGUUAUGCUGGGCUAUUUUGACCUGGUUUACCUGUUCUUGGCAGGUAUUUGUGGAUGUAUUCCAGUAGAGCUGAAUAAUCUUUACUUGAAAUGGCACUAUAUUAUUUCUGCUUUAGAGAAUACUCAGUUCUAAUUUGUGAUUCCUGUUAGAUCAAGCUCCCUUCCUCUCCCCGCUGCCUAGCAAUGACCUAGAAGCAAAGAAAUUCCAGUAUCUUUUAAAUUUUGUUGUAUAGUUUUUCUUUUUUUAAGAAAACAGUCCCUAAUUGUUAUGAAAAAUAGAAUUUAUGGGUAUAACAUCUGCCCAUUAUUUAUACAUAAAAUAAAAACAUUUUUCAGUGAGUGCCUACAUAUUAUUCAAAGGUGCUAAAUAAAGUCUGAAGUAUUUUUAGUUGGAAAAAAUUAACUUUCUUUGCACAUACUACUUAAUUAGGAGAUGUAGUUAAUUAAAGAGAAAUAUAUGCUUAGUA